UAUCUAUGCACCCACUAACUUUCCUCAAUGCCAACUGUUAAGAAAAAGCUUCCAAAGUUUACGGUAUAAAAACGUGUAUUGGCAGCAAAGAAGACACAUUCACAAUUCAAUUCGCUAAGCUAACGCAACAAGGGACGAAUAAAAAUUAACAUCGAAAAUGACUAAAUUCUUGAUUGUCCUGUGCGCCUUCAUUGCCUGCACUGCCGCCAAGCCAAGUUUGCUAGCUCCUUUUGCUGCUCCAUUAAUCUCAGCUCCCCUUGCCGCAGCUGCAUUUAAUGCACCACUGGAUGCCGCCUAUGCUAGCAGUCGCCUCGAUGUUAACCAGAGAUUUGCGGGCGCUUUUGUACCUACAGCAUUUGCCGCAGCUCCAGCAAAGCUUGUGGCAUCUGCUCCAGUCGCCACAUCUUUAGCCGCACCAUUUGCUGCGCCUCUGGCUGUAGCUCCAGCAAAACUUGUUGCCUCCGCUUCAAUUGCUGCACCAUUGGCGGCUCCAUUGGCCGCUCCUGUUGCCUACACCAACCUUCCUCUGGAUGCCGCUUAUGCUAGCAGCCGUCUCGACAUUAACCAGAGAUAUGCCGGCGCCUUUGUGCCCACCACCUUCGCCGCUGCUCCAGCAAAACUAGUAGCUCCUGCCCCAGUUGCAGCUCCUUUGGCCGCUCCAGUGGCUGCCCCAGCAAAACUUGUAGCCCCGGCUCCAGUUGCCGCUCCAUUGGCCGCUCCUGUUGCCUACACCAACCUUCCUCUGGAUGCCGCUUACGCUAGCAGCCGUCUCGACAUUAACCAGAGAUAUGCCGGCGCCUUUGUGCCCACCACCUUCGCCGCGGCUCCAGCAAAACUAGUAGCUCCUGCCCCAGUUGUAGCUCCUUUGGCCGCUCCAGUGGCUUCCCCAGCAAAACUUGUAGCCUCGGCUCCAAUAGCCGCUCACCUUGCCUACACUAACCUACCUUUGGAUGCCGCUUAUGCUAGCAGUCGCCUUGACGUUAACCAGAAAUAUGCUGCCGCUUUCUUUCCCGCAGCUUUCACCGCGACACCUGCCAAGCUUUUAGCUCCAGCUGCACCGGUGGCAGCCGCAUCAUUUUCUGCACCAGUAGCUUCAUUAACGCCGCUGAAGUACACCGCGGCCGCGCCAGCUCUAUGGUACAAAAUGUUCAAAUACGUCAUUGUCAUCCUCGCCAUCAUUGCCUGUGCCGCUGCCAAACCCAGCCUAUUGCACGCACCACUCGCCGCUGCUCCAUUCGCCGUUGCCGCGCCAGCACCGUUCAUCACCGCCACCAGCAGUCAAGUUGUUGCAAGAACACAUAAUGGCAUUGCUGCCGCCCCCAUUGUUGCCGCUGCGCCGCUUGCUGCCCGACUGAUCGCGCCAGCUCCACUUGCCGCCGCUGCACCAUUGGCAGCACCGAUCGCCGCACCACUGGCCCGUUAUGCUGCCGCUCCGUUCGCCGCACCACUGGCCCGUUAUGCUGCACCGAUCGCGCACUAUGCUGCUUCUCCCUUCGCUUAUUCGGCGCCUUUGGGUGCGCCCCUCGCCUAUGCGCCCUCUUAUGCGGCGCCUCUGCACUACGCAGCAGCAGCACCUGCGCUGUGGUAAUGCUCGACGAUGAUAACCGAGUUUGCUUAGAUUAGUUUAAGAAAAGAUUUUGUGAAAAAUUAAAAAUAAAAAGUAGUAGUUUGUACAAAUCAUUUUGGCUUCAUUUUUUAUUCA